AUGACGGCGGUAGCAACCACGGCAAGCAUCACGACGAUGCGGGCGUUGGACGAAUUCCGCAGCGGUAAUGUUGAUGCGGCGCAGCUCAUACUAGAAGAUGCGGCCAAGUCCGAGCAUAAUGUAAAUGAGCUGCUGUCAAUCCACUGCCUGCGCGCCACCUUGGCUGCGAUGAAGGGUAGCAUGGACGUCACGGCCAUCACCGCGCAGCUCGCUCCCGGCGAGCCGGUGCGGGUGCCUGUGCAGAGCUACUUAGAAGGCAUUGCCGCCAUGGCGCGUGGCGAUCUGACCACAGCACGAAGGCGGCUGGAGACGGCAGUAGAGCGGUGCGAGGGCUUUGGGGCCGCCAUGGUGUGUCUCGCCGCCGUGUACUACCUCACUAGUCAAUACGAGAAGAGCUACGGGCAGUACUGCUACACGUUGAAGAUGCUUGGCUCCGAAAAGACGCCGCCUGUGGUGCGGGUCGGAAUGGGCCUGUGCGCCUUCCGGCUGCAGCGACUCGUGGAUGCCCGGCGCAUCCUUGAGCGCGCCAUCGAGGUGCACCCCGAUGAUGAGCUCGCGUGGCUGGGCCUGCUGGCCGUCUACAUUGACCUUCGCAUGCUGCCACAGAUCCACACGGCCGUGAUGCGUCUCAAGCAGUUGAUGCCUCAGAACACGACGGUGCUGCUGAAAGUGUGUGACUUAGCCUACUUCCGCUCCUUGGAGGACGGGCGGCUGAAGAGCUCUAUGGGGCGGCUGCGUAGUCUGCUGCGGUAUGUGCGGCAGACGGCCUCACCUGAGGAAAUGGCGCUGGUCGACUUCCACGAGGGCCGGCUGCUGCUCGCCUGUGGCGAGGUGGGGGCGGCGCAGCCGCUCCUCGAGGCCGCCGUGCGGGCGAACCCGAACCUCUUAGCCGCCCGUAUCCACUACGCCCGACUACUGAUGCACGCCAACCGCCACGGCGACGCGGAGACGCUGCUGAUGGAGGUGAACAGGACAUGGCCCAACGAGAAGGAGGUGCUACAGAUGCUCGCCAUUCUUGCCACGCGGGCGGGCCGACACAGCAAGGCCCUUCGCUACAGUCACACACUGACCAUGACAGUGGCGCAGGGCGACGUGAACUCGUGGGCUUUGGCCGCCGUAUGUUCCCGUCUAGACACGGAGCACUGCAGACGGAUCUGCGCGCAGGUGCGUGCUGUUCAGCGGGAGCUAAAACUGCCCUCUAGCUGGAAGCUGAGUGCCAACCUCGCCAUCCUCUCAGGGGAUGUGGAGGCGGUGCAGGGCAUCGUGGACGCGGAGCUAGGGGCGGCCUUCCUCAUGUCCAACACCGCAGUGGACGUCUCCUAUGUGCCGCUGUUGUACAACCUGGCCCUGCUGCUUGAGAAGCGGGAGCAGGCGCGCGCGCGGCAACUUUACGUGUACCUCGUCAAGCACCACAGCACCUUUGCUGCACCGUACUACCGCUUGCAUUUCCUGGCGAAGGAGGCAGGUCAGCUGCAGCAGGCCAUGGCGUGGCUGCAGUGGCUGCUGAAGGUGCACCCGAUGGAGGCCACGGCCCAGACAUGCAUGGCGCAGCUGUACAUGGAGACGUCAAGCGCGAAGGAGGCGCUGGCUAUCUUCAAGAGGGUUAACGCCUCCGAGUCGCAGCUUCCUGUUGCUCUGGCCGUCGGUUCCACCUCUCUACAAGCGUGCCAGCAAUCGUCCUCGCAGUGGCCGAAGCUGCUCGCCUCGGCGCGCUCCUUUUAUCGGGAGGCCCUUGCCAAGGACCCACGCAACAUUCUCGCAGCCCACGGCUACGCGUGCUGCGACGGACUGGAGCGGCGCGGCGACGCCGCUGAAGCGAUGCUGAACAGCGUGAGUGAGGUGACCCCGCUUUCCACUAUGCCGACAAGCAACGUCGACGCUCACCGCGCCAACGUGAAGAUGCUCAGCCACGGCUACAAGCAAGCCGCGGACUACUUUGCGCGCAUGCCGACGCGCACAUCGGAGCAGGACGCAAUGUACUCGUACUGCGUGGCUACCGAGGGUCGGUACGCGGAGGCCCUAGAGCUGAUCCACACUGCCUCCAUCAAGGCACCAGGUGAGGAUCCGAUGCUGGUGUACAAUACAGCCCUGCUGCACUUCAUGGCCUUCGUUGAUGGACUGAAAGGCACCCGCGCCCUUACGACGGCGCAGGGUGAGUCGCUUCUUGCCCACCUCGAGGCCGGGCAGCAGGGCACCGCUUUCCUGGAUAGCAUCAAGGGCAAGUACGAGUUGAUGAGUCGCGCCAAGCGCUACCUUCGAUCCAUCAGCGCCUACUGCGAGCGCCACCGUGCCACUGUGCACACGCUUGUGGAGGCUGGCCAGCAGCGGGCGAAGGAGCUGGCGCAGUCGGAGGAGGGAUGGCGGCGCGUGUUCGCGUCGCACAAGGCCGAGCAGGAGCGCCGACAAGAGGAGGAGGAGUUGGCGGAGCACCAGAAGGCGGAGGAGCGCAAGCUGGCGGAGGCAGACGUGUACGCACGCUUUCGUCAAAGCCGAAUUCAGCAACCGGCGGUGCUGCUGAACGCGGACUUGCUUGCGGCGACAAUGGCGGAUGCCUUGCAGGAUACGAUGCCGGUAGACGAGCCGCCAGCGGCGCUGGGGGAAGAGGAGGACGGGAUGCCGUAA